UUUACCGGGCUGGCGCGCGCACACACACACGCACUGAACCGGCGGUAUCUUGCAGGUGUUGCGGAUCCACAGAGUACCGACGAGACGCGUUUUGCGGGAUUAAAUUGCUACCGCAGAGAGCAUCAGCACUGUACUACCGCAGAGAAACACAGGGUUACCCACAGGAGGCGCUCGGCGGGGCGGGAUGGACUACAGUUAUGAUACGGAACUGGAAGAGUUGUGUCCGGUGUGUGGGGAUAAAGUUUCUGGCUAUCAUUAUGGUUUAUUAACCUGCGAGAGUUGCAAGGGUUUCUUUAAGAGGACCGUGCAGAAUAAUAAACGUUACACGUGUGCGGAGAGCCAGGACUGUAAAAUUGACAAAACCCAGAGGAAACGAUGUCCAUUCUGCCGCUUUCAGAAAUGUCUCAACGUCGGGAUGCGACUGGAGGCUGUGCGCGCGGACAGAAUGCGAGGAGGGCGCAACAAAUUCGGUCCGAUGUACAAACGCGACCGGGCAUUAAAGCAACAGAAGAAGGCGCUCAUUCGAGCCAGUGGCCUAAAGCUGGAGGCCACGCCCCCUUUACUCUCAUCACCCCAGACCGACUACAACUUUAACACAACUAUACCUGUCCCGGCUCUAAAAAACAGCCACCCAAACAUUGGCACCGCUGUGGCCCCUGCCGAUUAUGAACACAGUCUGUAUGCAUCAAGCUCGCUAAGUUUGUCCGUCCCAAUUCCUGCUCAUACCCCACUGCCAGCACAGUACCCGUACCAGGCCCUGCCCGGCCGUGCCAUCAAGUCCGAGUACCCUGACCACUACACAAGUUCAGAGCAUUACACGAGCGCCAGCUCCCCAGAAUCCAUGCCAGGGUACACGUACGUCGACCAGACACAGGUGUCCACCAGUCCUCCGCUGCCCACACCGGGCCUGGCGGUGCCGGCGCUGGUUCUGGAGUUUGUUCAGUGUGAACAGGAUGAGCUACAGGUGCAAAGCAAGAUAAGCGCCCACCUGGCACACCUGCAGCAGGAACAGAACCCUCGGGGCACUGUAGCCAAUCAGGAACAGAACGCGCGGCACGCAGCCAAACCAGAAAGGCUCACCACCUUUGGUCUAAUGUGCCACAUGGCCGAUCAGACGCUCUUCUCCAUUGUGGAGUGGGCACGGAGCUGCUUCUUCUUUAAGGAGCUCAAGGUAGGAGAUCAGAUGAAGUUGCUCCACAAUUGUUGGAGUGAACUUCUCGUGCUGGAUUACAUCGCCAGACAAUUGCAUCAUGGGAAAGCGGACAGUGUACUUCUCAUUACGGGACAAGAGGUUGAGCUUGCGUCUGUAUUGGCCCAGGCAGGGGUAACUUUGAGUGGAAUGAUACAGAGAGGUCAAGACCUUGUGCACCGUCUACAAGAACUUCAGCUUGACCGCAGAGAAACGGCCUGUCUCAAAUACCUAAUCCUCUUUAACCCUGAUGUGAAACUGUUGGAGAACCAGCCUUACGUGGAAAGCGUGUACGAGCAGGUGAAUGCAGCGCUGCUGGAGUACACGCUCUGCGUUUAUCCGCAGUUUCCGGACAGGUUCAGUCAGAUUCUCCUGCGCCUUCCCGAGCUCAGAGCGUUGAGCGCGCAGGCCGAAGAUUACCUGUGUUACAAGCACCUGAGCGGCGAGGUGCCGUGCAACAACCUCCUCAUUGAAAUGCUGCAUGCCAAGAGAACCUGCAUCUGAUUCCUUCACUGAAGAUACCAUCAUUGCAGUCUGUUUUCGACUAGGUGUGUGAGGGAUCAUCUCUCGCGUGCAGAAAAACCUCAUCAACCAUGCCACUGUGUUCACGAGAGAUAGAGAAAGCGUAGGAAAGAAGAUAUUAAGAAAGAGUAAAUUUUAAUGUGCUUCCCUCGCAUUACACACAUGCACGCACACACAAACUCGCACGCUAAUGCAUUUUGGGCCCAUACCAUGCUGACUGGAUCUCACAUGCUAUACACCCAAAAUGAAAAUCACCCCUUAAUUUACACACUUUAGUGACAUCCUAGGUGUAUCUGACUUUCUUCUUUCAGCUAAACACAAAUCAGAGUUAAAUUAAAGGUGCACUGUGUAACUUUUAGAAAGAUCUCUUGACAGAAAUAAAAUAUAAUAUACAUAACUAUAUUUUCAGUGGUUUAUAAAGACCUUACAUUUUGAACCGUUAUGUUUUUAUUACGUUAGAAUGAACCGUUUUUAUCUACAUACACCACAGGUCCUAUUUCUAAAGUAGCCCUAAAUUGUUAUUUAGAGUGCAUUUUUCACUACGUUGUCUCAGACGAUGACGUGUUUGUCCUGUGGUCACUAUCGUAGCUUUUUUAUACAUUUUGAAAGGGAGGGGUGAGCUGUAAACUGAGCCAUUGGUUGCAAUUCACAGUCUCACCACUAGAUGCUGCUAAAAAUCUACACACUGCACCUUUAAUAAAAUCUUGGCUCUUCCUAGCUUCAUAAUGGCAUUAGUGGCUGUUUUUGGCCUUUCCUAGAAACCCUCAUGACUCUGAUGGGUUAAUUUCUUCUGAAUGUAAGCGAAACUAUAUGUUUGUAAGAGAAAACGAUUUGUAUUUUGAGCGUAUUUAGCGAUCGAUACACCAUGUUGAUAUGUAAACACAUUUAGAUCAAAAUUACCUGCACGCGUUCUCGUGCGUGUCAUGACUGUGUUUCGUCAUGACGCAUAUGACGAUUACAAUCGUGACUAGGAUAACGACAUGAAGUCCGCACUAUUUUUG